GGGAUGCUCAUGUGCCCAGACCAGUGACGUGAGUUGGGCCGCUUUACCUUCUUAUAUUGGCUGCACACCUGUAUGCAGAAUCCACAAUACCCAUCAUGUCCUCCCAGUUCUACGACGAUAUCCCGGACGAUGAACAGCUCAUUGAGUGGAUAAGGGCCCAGCAACUUUUCCAUGUCGCUACUGCUCCCUUGCACGGUGGACACGUCAAUGUCUCGCCGAAAGGACAGCCUACCUUCAAGCUAGUCAGUAGGAAGGCGGUUUGGUACCUUGACCUCACAGGCUCUGGCAAUGAGACUAUAUCCCAUCUCUAUGAACCAGGAAACGGGAGAAUGACGAUGAUUUUUGAGGCCUUCGAAGGCCCGCCACGAAUCUUGCGGCUGUUUGGUCAUGGCAAGGUUAUUGAGCGCGGCACUCCUGAAUUCGACCAGCUUCUGCAGAGCAAGCUGGGCGCGUACGACUGGCCUACACCCGAGGUCCAGCCUGGCGCACGCGCUAUCAUCUGGCUCGAAAUCGACAAGGUCGGGAUCUCCCGCGGGUCCGCCGUCCCUAUCUACAAAUUCGAGGGACACCGUGAUGUGCUGAAGAACUGGUCUGAAAAAGCGGAGAAGACCGAUAGCGAGCAUGAAGACCCAUUCACCCUCCCGCCGUUGAGGGGUCUCAAGAGCUUCUGGCUGCACAACAAUUCCUGGUCAAUGGACGGCCUACCUGGGUACAGGCCGGUAUCUCACAAAGCGGACGAGAGCUUCGUACGCAAAGCGAUGUCCGACGUAGGAUUGAACUACGACACAGCCCAUGUCACACGUCAGAGGAUGUCGGAUUGGUGGCUCGCUCUCUCUGUUGGUGUCGGACUUGGCAUCGUGUUGACUACGGCGAUUACACCAGUUACAAAGGAGCUUUUACACCUAUAGUUAUUAACGUGUACAUAAAAUGCGACUUCGUUCUGCUACGCAAAAUGUAUUCUUUCCUGUGGCUUUUUCUCCCAGCUACGG